AUGGAGAGUCAGAGCAAGUGGGGAGGCUUAAUGAAUAGAGUGAAGCCAUACUUAGCAAUGUUAUCUUUGCAAUUUGGUUAUGCCGGUAUGUACAUAAUCACCAUGGUGUCUCUUAAGCAUGGCAUGAAUCAUUACAUCCUGGCCGUUUACCGCCAUGCAAUCGCCACGGUCGUCAUGGCUCCGUUUGCUCUAUAUUAUGAAAGGAAAACAAGGCCGAAGAUGACGUUACGAAUAUUCCUUCAAAUUGCGCUGCUUGGAUUCAUUGAGUAA